AUGGCGACUCUUGUAAAGAAGUCUUUACUACAAACUCCUUUACGUGCCGUUUGGGAAGUUUCGGGUUAUCAAACAGAAACAUUAUUAUGGCCUGCCACUUCAGCUAAAGCCAAAACAAUUUUGUUCUUCAUUCCUGGCAAUCCAGGAUUAGUUGAAUAUUAUACUAGUUUCCUUCAGGGCAUUUAUAAAACCUUAAAUCAUCCUUCAUUCGAGAUUAUUGGAGAGGAUCAAAUUGAUCACAAAAUUAAUUGUCUUGAUGUUCUCAUCAAAGAAAAUGAGCCCAAUACACAUUUUAUUUUGAUGGGCCAUUCAAUCGGCUCUUAUAUUGCUGCUGCUGUAUUAAAAAAGAGACCUAACCAUCGUAUUUCUCGAGUGAUAGCCUUAUUCCCUACAUUGAGAGAGAUUGCUAUUACACCCAAUGGUAUAAACAUAACACGUAUAGUAAAUACUAUACCUGCUUCAUUAUUUGGGUUUGCAGGCACAUUAAUAUCAUCUUUACCUCCAUCUAUUCGACAGUUAAUUGUAAAAAUGUUGACUGGCCAAGAAGGAGAUGGGUUACAAGUAACAGCACAUCAAUUGCUUUAUUCUUCAGUGUUAAAGAAUGCCGUUACAAUGGCUCGAUUUGAGAUGGAAACAGUAAAAGCAUUAGAUCAUGACUUUUAUACAAAACAUUUAGAUAAAUUUAUCAUGUAUUAUUCAGCUAAUGAUAAAUGGGCGCCUAAAGAUCAUUAUGACUAUAUGAUGGAGCACUUUCCAGAUGGCAAUAUUCAUCUUUGUCCUGAGAACGUUCCACAUGCGUUCUGCUUAGAGCCGAAACAUAUCAAUUAUAUGGUUACUAAAGUAGCCUCAUGGAUUCAAAAUGACAUGUAG